ACACGGCCACACUGCAAUCAUUCAAUUCAUUAGAAAUAUUGUAUUUGUGUCGCUCUCACAUUGGUUUUAUUUAAUUAAGCCGUAAAUAAUGGGCAACAAAUCGUCACUCUUCCUGCGGCACGAAGAAAUAGCCCAAAUUCAGAAUGAAACCGGCUUUACUCCCAAUCAAAUUGAACGUUUGUACUCACGGUUCACAUCUCUGGAUCGCAACGACUGUGGAACACUCUCUCGUGAGGAUUUGAUGCGCAUUCCGGAAUUGGCCAUCAAUCCACUAUGUGAACGCAUUGUCCACUCUUUCUUUGCCGAGAGCACUGAUGAUCGUGUCAAUUUCCGGCAAUUCAUGAAUGUCUUGGCACAUUUUAGACCGUUGCGGGACAACAAGCAGAGCAAACUAAAUAGUCGCGAGGAGAAGCUGAAGUUUGCCUUCAAAAUGUAUGAUCUGGACGAUGACGGCGUGAUUAGCCGAGAUGAGUUGCUAUCCAUUCUGCAUAUGAUGGUAGGCGCUAACAUUAGUCAGGAUCAGUUGGUUAGCAUUGCGGAGCGAACCAUUUUGGAGGCGGAUCUUUGUUGUCAGGGCAAGAUAUCGUUUGAGGACUUUUGCAAGGCUUUGGAGCGCACCGAUGUGGAUCAAAAGAUGUCCAUUAGGUUCCUUAAUUAAGCACAAAUGUUUAAAUAACAAAAAGAUAUAAAACUCUUUAGUCACUGUGUACCAAAUAGUUUAGUGAAAAUAAUGUGAAAGAGAAGAUUCGAUGGCAUUAACGUGUAUAAUUUGUAGUUUAUUAUUGAACUUGUAUACACAACUAUGUUAUAUAGAUUGUAUGCAGAUAUUUUAUUGUUGCCUUGCAUAGUUUUUAUAUAUUGUAUUAAAUUGCCGCUUGCUUUCAUUCCGUUCUUAACCAAGAGAAAUUCUUGCAUUUUAUCAAAUAUUUAUUUUUGCUCUUUUUAUUUGAUUAGUUGCAUUAAAUAAAAACAAACAUUGUAAAUACCGA